AUGGUGAGCAUGGUAUGCCUUUCUAAGGUGCUCGUCGAUGGAGGCAGCGGCCUCAACAUCAUCUUCUCCAAGACACUGGAGAGCAUGGGCUACGACAUGGCUUCCUUGGUCCUGACCCAGGAAGCCUUCUAUGGGAUCAUUCCUGGCUUAGGAUCAACCCCGAUCAGUCAAGUCACCCUCCCUGUCACCUUCGGGACCUGGGAGAACUACCGGAUGGAGCACCUCCACUUUGAGGUAGCCUCAUUUGGGACUUCCUAUCACGCAAUCCUCAAUAGGCUCUCCCUCUCCAGGUUCAUGGCGAUCCCCAACCACACGUAUCUUGUCCUCAAGAUGCUAGUGCUGAACAAAGUCAUCUCCAUUUAUGGUGACGUGAAGACCUCUCACUCCUGA